AUGAAACCGGUAUUCUGCCAUUGUCUUGGACCUUUGAAACGCCCAACCAGGCUUCGUCUCUUGGGCAUCCUGUAUUUGGAAGGUUUUCCUCAUUUCAUAUCCGACAUGCGAUUGAGAUCUACUGAGGAUGAGAAUGAAAAUGGAAACGGAAAUGGAAUUUCCGCUAACACGUUUUCCCAUCUUCAUGCGGAUGACAAGGCAAGGGAUGAAGGAAUCCUAUUUCUCGACGCAGAUACGCAGAUUCAGGAUCGUCAUUGA